AUGUAUGCUAACAAAUCGAACAGCUUCCACAACAGCAGCCCCGAGGGAUUCCACCAGCUCCUCCAUCUGUUCAGUGACCGAGGAACACCCGCAUCUCUACGCCAUAUGAAUGCAUACAGCGGACAUACCUACAAGUUGACAACCGCUCGGCUGCUGACUUGGGGGUAUCAGGAUGGAGGCUUUAGAUACGUCAAGUUCCACAUAAAGACAGAUCAGGGAGUGCGUAACUUCACUCGAGAGGAGGCUGAAACGAUGGCUGGCAAGAAUCCAGAUUUCCUGAUCCAGGACAUGUUCGAAGCCAUUGAGAGGGGAGAGUACCCGACAUGGACUGUCUUUGCGCAGGUAAUGGAGCCCGCGCAGGCAGAGAAUUACCGCUGGAACAUCUUUGAUAUGACCAAGGUCUGGCCGCAUAAGGACUUCCCCUUGCGGGAGCUCGGAAAGCUUACCUUGAACCGCAAUCCCAACAACUACUUCACGGACAUUGAACAGGCAGCGUUCUCCCCGUCGACAAUGGUGCCUGGAAUAGCCCCGUCUGCCGAUCCAAUGCUUCAAGCUCGCAUGUUUGCCUACCCCGAUGCGGCCCGUUAUCGCCUUGGAGCCAACUAUCAGCAACUUCCGACUAACGCGGCCAAAUCCCCCGUCUACUGUCCUUUCCAGCGUGACGGCAAGAUGAAUUUCUCCGACAACUAUGGCGCGGAUCCGAACUAUGUCGGAUCUUCGCUGCAGCCCACCAAAUUCUAUCCUCAGCUCAAAAGAAUGGCGCCGAGUACCAUCAGUACUCUGACUGAGCACGAGAAAUGGAUGGGAGAAGUCUGCACCUUCACCUCCCAAGUCACUGACGAUGACUUUGUGCAGCCUGCUGCUCUCUGGGAGGUGAUCAAGAGGGAGCCUGGCCAUGAGCAGCGAUUCUAUGGAAAC